CAGAAACCUCUGGUAUGUCGGAGAAACCACUCUGUUACUUGCAGAAGUCCAUGUGUUGAUUUUCGGUGGAGUUGGGGUCUUUGCUGCGGUUUGGAAAUCAAGAGAAAAGCCCCGAGCUGAAAGAGACAGGGGAAAAAAAUUACUGACAUAAUACUACAGCAACAUGGAAAAGCAACCAGGGAACUGAAAAUGAGAGAAUUCGCUACUUCUGUGAAACUACUCACUAGUUUCGAGAUGUCCCCCCACAUAUGUCGCAGGAAAUAUUUCCCAUAAUACAAUGCAAGCAAACAAAUAGAGGUUCAAGAUGGCGGCUGAUAGUGAUCCGGAGUCGGAAGUGUUUGAAAUCACAGACUUCACCACCGCCUCGGAAUGGGAAAGGUUUGUUUCAAAGGUAGAGGAAGUGCUGAAUAACUGGAAACUGAUUGGAAGUAGCGUACACAAACCUCUGGAGAAGGGCGAAUAUAACAGUGGCACCUGGGAAGAAAAGACAGAAGAAAUUUCCUUUGCAGACUACAAAUUUACAAUAACGCAUCACUAUUUAAAAAAAGAGUCACCCGACGGGGAAGAAAAAGAGGAACCAGAGGAAGAUGCAUUCCCUGCAGCUAUGCAAGAUUUGCUGUGCAUGAACAAUGAUUUUCCACCCAGAGCUCACUGUUUAGUCAGAUGGUAUGGGGUGCGUGAGUUUGUUAUAAUUUCUCCAGGAGCCAACAAUGAUGCAAUCAUCAGUGAAUCAAAGUGUAAUCUGCUGUUAAGUUCCAUAUCAAUUGCCUUGGGGAACACAGGCAGCCAGGUACCACUGUUUGUACAAAUCCAGCAGAAGUGGCGACGGAUGUAUGCUGGUGAAUGUCAGGGUCCUGGGGUCCGCACUGACUUUGAAAUGGUCCACCUUCGCAAAGUGCCAAACCAGUACAGUCACCUGUCAGGACUGCUGGAUAUCUUCAAGUCAAAGAUUGGUUGCCCUUUGACUCCCAUACCCCCUGUGAACAUAGCAAUCAGGUUCACAUACAUCCUUCAGGACUGGCAGCAAUAUUCCUGGCCCCAACAACCUCCAGACUUUGAUGCACUUCUGGGAGGGGAAGUUGGAGGAGUGGAAUUUGGGAAGUUGCCAUUUGGAGCCUGUGAGGAUCCUAUUAGUGAACUUCACUUAGCCACGACUUGGCCCCACCUGACAGAAGGCAUUGUUGUUGAUAAUGACGUUUAUUCCGAUUUAGAUCCUGUUCAGGCACCUCAUUGGUCGGUGAGAGUAAGAAAAGCAGAUAACCCUCAAUGCCUUCUGGGUGAUUUCCUUAGUGAAUUUUUUAAACUCUGUUGUCGGAAGGAGUCUACUGAGGAAAUUCUAGGAAGGUCACCUUUGGAGGAAGAGGGAAAAGAGAAUGCAGAUAUUAGUCAAGCCUUAUCUAAACUGACUGAGCCAACCACUGUUCCCAUUCAUAAACUGUCUGUGUCCAGCAUGGUUCACAGUGCACGGAAAAGGAUGCGCAGACAUCGACAUGUGGAGGAGUCACCACUCAGUAACGAGGUCCUUAAUUCAAUUUUAUUGUACCUUUUCCCAGAUGCAGCUGAGAAACCAUCCAAUGGAGCUGAAGAAAAACCUUGCACAUCUAAUGCAAACCGGCCACCUGAAAAAGAGCCUGAGAACUAUAAUCUGUACAAUCAGUUCAAGUCCUCUCCUGCUGACAGUCUUACCUACAAACUGUCCCUCUGUCUCUGCAUGGUCAACUUCUAUCACGGAGGAGUAAAGGGUGUGGUACAGCUCUGGCAGGAGUUUGUGUUGGAAAUGCGUUACAGAUGGGAAAACAAUUAUCUCGUGCCAGGGUUAGCCAGUGGACCUCCUGAUCUAAGAUGUUGCUUAUUGCACCAGAAGCUGCAGAUGUUAAACUGUUGCAUUGAGAGGAAGAAAGCCAGAGACAAUGGGAAGAGGCCGAGCUCUUCGGACAGUUCUGCUGGCAGUGCGGGGGAGAGGAAGGUGUCCGGCAGUGACAAUGGGAAGGCCGCACAGAAUUCCUCUGGGAUUGUGGACCGGAGAGAGAGAGGAGAGGCCAACCAGGGGAAGUCUUGGGAAUCCUGGAGUGACAGUGAGGAAGAGUUCUUCGAGUGCCUCAGUGACACGGAGGAGCUGAAAGAAAAUGCACAGGACAAUGAAAAGAAGGAGGGACCUCCAAAAGAAAACAAAGACGCACCAAGGACUAAAGCUGAAGGCCGUCUGCAUCCGCAUGGGAAACUGACCCUGCUGCACUACAUUCAAGAGCCCCUGUAUAUCCCAGUAACACAAGAGCCGGCUCCAAUGACAGAGGAUUUGCUAGAAGAACAGUCAGAGGUGUUGGCUAAAUUAGGGACAUCAGCUGAAGGAGCGCAUCUGCGGGCUCGAAUGCAGAGCGCCUGUCUACUCUCAGACAUGGAGUCCUUCAAGGCAGCUAACCCUGGUUGCUGUUUGGAAGACUUUGUGAGGUGGUACUCUCCCCGGGAUUAUGUUGAGGAGGAGGUGCUUGAUGAGAAAGGCAAUACAAUUACCAAGGGGGAGCUGAGCGCCAGGAUGAAGAUACCUGGAAACAUGUGGGCGGAGGCCUGGGAGACGGCCAAGCCAGCCCCAGCACGCAGGCAAAAGAGGCUUUUCGAUGACACCAGAGAGGCGGAAAAGGUUCUGCAUUAUUUAGCUGUUCAGAAACCUGCUGACCUCACAAGACAUUUAUUGCCCUGCAUUAUCCAUGCUGCCAUUCUCAAAGAGAAAGAGGAAGAAUCGACAGAAGAUAUUGCUUCUGUAAGAAAAGUAAUUUCGCAGAUAAUCUCUAAUGCCAGCAAGAUUUUACGUUAUCCCAACCCAGAUUAUAAGAAACUGGAGGAAAUUAUUAACCAGAUAAUGGCUGUGGAAACCAUUAUUGCCAGGGCACGGUCUCUAAAAGCAAAGUUUGGGAUCAAUAAAUGUGAAAACAUUGAUGAAAAGGAGGAUCUGGAAAAGUUUGUGAAUUCUUUGCUGGAGGAACCAGAGGUGUCAGUGGUUGGAGCAGGAAGAGGCCCAGCUGGAAGCAUUAUUCACAAUUUAUUUGUCACUGCUCAGAGGCUGGCUGAAUCUACUGAUGAGGCUGCCUUGAUGACCCUCAUGGAUGAGGAGUCUGUGAAGUCUGGCUCUCAGGAGGAACGGAGGCAGAACCUAGGAGCCGUUUCGGAUUUUCCUCCUCCAGCUGGCCGCGAAAUAAUUCUGCGGACCGCAGUGCCCCGACCUGCUCCGUACUCUAAACCACUCCCUCAGCGCAUGUUCUGUGUGCUAAUGAAAGAAGAUUUCAGACUGGCAGGGGCAUUUUCAUCUGAUACUUCGUUUUUCUGAAUCGCCUCCCCCCUCCCCCCUC